CCGGGGAGAAAAGAACAUGGCUCCGGCGGUGGGCAGCGCUGAGCGCCGCGCCGCGCACCCGCGCGCCGGCCGCCAGUGACCGCCAUGGUCCACUCGAGCCGCGUGCAGCCGCAGCUGCCCGGGGACGCCAAGCGGCCUCCGGCCCCGCGAGCGCAGGGCCCCGGGCGGCUGGCGGCGGGCGGCGCGGCCGUGACCGCCGGCCUCGCUGCCCCGGGCGGCCUCCGCGAGCAGAGGGGCCUGGAGAUCGAGAUGGAGCGCAUCCGGCAGGCGGCCGCGCGGGACCCCCCGGCCGGAGCCUCGGCUUCUCCUUCUCCUCCGCUCUCGUCGUGUUCCAGGCAGGCGUGGAGCCGCGAUAACCCGGGCUUCGAGGCUGAGGAGGACGAGGACGAGGACGAGGUGGAAGGGGAGGAAGGGGGCAUGGUGGUGGAGAUGGACGUGGAGUGGCGCCCGGGCAGCCGGAGGUCGGCCGCUUCCUCGGCCGUGAGCUCGGCGGGAGCCCGCAGCCGGGGACUAGGGGGCUACCACGGCGCGGGACCCCCGAGCGGCAGGCGGCACCGGCGAGAAGACCAGGGCCCGCCGUGCCCCAGCCCGGCCGGCGGCGGGGACCCGCUGCAUCGCCACCACCCCCUGGACGGGCAGCCGCCCCGAGUGGCCUGGGCCGAAAGGCUGGUUCGCGGGCUGCGAGGUCUCUGGGGAACAAGACUCAUGGAGGAAAACAGCACUAAUCGAGAAAAAUACCUUAAAAGUGUUCUGCGGGAACUGGUCACGUACCUCCUGUUUCUCAUAGUGUUGUGCGUCUUGACCUAUGGCAUGAUGAGUGCCAACGUGUACUACUACACCCGGGUGAUGUCACAGCUCUUCCUGGAUACCCCCGUGUCCAAAUCAGAGAAAACAAACUUUAAAACUCUGACUUCAGUGGAAGACUUCUGGAAGUUUACAGAAGGCUCCUUGUUGGAUGGGCUGUACUGGAAGAUGCAACCCAGCAAUCAGACUGAAGCUGACAACCGCAGCUUCAUCUUCUAUGAGAACCUGCUGUUGGGGGUGCCGCGUAUCCGGCAACUCAAAGUCCGAAAUGGAUCCUGCUCCAUCCCCCAGGACUUGAGAGAUGAGAUCAAAGAGUGCUACGAUGUCUACUCCAUCAGUAGCGAAGACAGGGCUCCGUUUGGACCACGGAAUGGAACCGCCUGGACCUACACCAGUGAAAAGGAUUUAAAUGGGAGCAGCCACUGGGGAGUGAUUGCCACAUACAGUGGAGCUGGUUAUUACUUGGAUCUGUCAAGGACCAGGGAGGAAACAGCUGCCCAGCUGGCAGGCCUCAAGAAAAACAGCUGGCUGGACCGAGGAACCAGGGCAACUUUUAUUGACUUUUCGGUGUACAAUGCCAACAUUAACCUGUUCUGUGUGGUCAGGUUAUUGGUUGAAUUCCCAGCAACAGGCGGUGUGGUCCCAUCUUGGCAAUUUCAGCCUGUAAAACUGAUCCGCUAUGUCACCACUUUUGAUUUCUUCCUGGCAGCCUGCGAGAUCAUCUUUUGUUUCUUUAUCCUUUACUAUGUGGUGGAAGAGACACUGGAGAUUCGCAUUCACAAGCUACGCUAUUUCAAGAGUUUCUGGAAUUGUCUGGAUGUUGUGAUCAUUGUGCUAUCAGUGGUAGCUAUAGGAAUCAACAUAUACAGAACAUCUAACGUGGAGGUGCUGCUACAGUCUCUGGAAGAUCAAAAUACUUUCCCCAACUUUGAGCAUCUUGCAUACUGGCAAAUACAGUUCAACAACAUGGCUGCUGUCAUAGUGUUUUGUGUCUGGAUUAAGCUCUUCAAGUUUAUCAGUUUUAACAGGACCAUGAGCCAGCUCUCCACAACCAUGUCUCGGUGUGCCAAAGACCUCUUCGGCUUUGCUCUUAUGUUCUUCAUUAUUUUCUUGGCAUAUGCUCAGUUGGCGUACCUUGUCUUUGGCACUCAGGUGGAUGACUUCAGCACUUUCCAAGAGUGCAUCUUCACUCAGUUCCGUAUCAUUUUGGGCGAUAUCAACUUUGCAGAGAUUGAGGAAGCUAAUCGCAUUUUGGGACCACUUUAUUUCACUACCUUUGUGUUCUUUAUGUUCUUCAUUCUUUUGAAUAUGUUUUUGGCCAUCAUCAAUGAUGCUUACUCUGAAGUGAAGUCUGAUUUAGCUCAGCAGAAACCUGAAAUGGAACUCGCUGAUCUUAUCAAAAAGGGCUACCAUAAAGCCUUGGUCAAACUGAAACUGAAAAAGAACACAGUGGAUGACAUUUCAGAGAGUCUGCGGCAAGGGGGAGGCAAGUUAAACUUUGACGAACUUCGACAAGACCUCAAAGGGAAAGGCCACACUGAUGCAGAGAUUGAGGCCAUAUUCACCAAGUAUGACCAGGACGGAGACCAAGAACUGACUGAGCAUGAACACCAGCAGAUGAGAGAUGACUUGGAGAAGGAGAGGGAGGACCUGGACUUGGAUCACAGCUCGUUACCACGUCCCAUGAGUAGCCGAAGUUUCCCGAGAAGUUUUGACGACUCUGAGGAGGACGAUGACGAAGACAGUGGACACAGCUCCAGAAGGAGGGGCAGCAUCUCCAGUGGGGUUUCCUAUGAAGAGUUUCAAGUGCUGGUGAGGCGCGUGGACCGGAUGGAGCAUUCAAUCGGCAGCAUCGUGUCCAAGAUCGAUGCGGUGAUUGUGAAGCUGGAGACCAUGGAGCGGGCCAAACUCAAGAGAAGGGAGGUGCUGGGCAGGCUGCUGGAAGGGGUGGUCGAGAAUGAAAGACUGGGUCGAAACACUGACGUCCACAGGGAACAGAUGGAGCGGCUAGUUCGGGAGGAGUUGGAACGCUGGGAAUCUGAUGAUGGAGCUUCCCAGGUCAGCCACGGUUUAGGCACACCAGUGGGACUUAGCGGUCAACCUCGCCCCAGAACCUCUCGCCCUUCUUCCUCCCAGUCUACAGAAGGUGUGGAAGGUGCUGAUCCAAAUGGGAACUCCAACAUCCACAUGUGAUACGUGCCAUAGGAUCUGGGUGUGUCCCUCCCAGGAGAAGGCGGCUGUCCUGAAGUGCCAUUCCUAUUUAUAGGCCCUGAACACCAUUGAUGCUGGUCUUGGCGACCGAUUCUUAAACCUGCACUUUAAUUUAUUUUAUGUAAACUUUACCAAAGGAUCAAA